AUGCCCCGAUCCGAGAGAAACGCGUCGCUUUUUGUGUCUCAAGCCCGCCCGGAGUUGCAGGCGCGAGCCUGGGAGGACGAGUCUCCCCGGGCUUGCGGUCCCUGUCGCCCGUCUCUCUCCGUGGGGAUCUCCGGGGGUCUGGCGCGUGGGCGUGCGUGCCUCAGAGGGGGCAUCGAGACGGGGCCACCUCGGGGGCGAGCCCCGGACCCCGGGGACAGCCUGGCAGCUCGCGGAGGCCGGACCUCAGCUGCCGUUUGCAGCUCCACAUCCCGGGCCCGCACCGGGCGGCGAGGAGCGCGCCAGCCCCUGCCAGCCUUCACCCGGCCAGCGCCAGGCUCGGGGCGGGGCGCAGCCCGCGUCCCUGAGACCCUCAGGGCCAAGAGGAAAGAGCCGGGCUGGAGGGCGAGCCGCACCUCCGAGCCCGACACCGGCUGCGGCGGCGAAAAGCCGAGGCCCCCGCCCGAGCCGAGGCGCCCGGGUGCCCUCCGGGCGCUGCAAGGGUCACCGAUUCCCGGGGUUUGGAGCUUUCUCCUCUGGGCCCGGGGAGCCCCGAGGAUGACUACUGGCUGUGGCAUGGAGAAUGGGAUAGGAGAAGUGUAAGGGAAGAGGUGAGGGCCCGGAUGUGAAGUAGCUGAAGUAGAAUCUAAACAGGGUGUUGCACAAGGUCUGGCAGUGGACCCUGAAAAGAUGCAUGCAAAACACAUUUCAAAAGUGUGAUGGACAGGACAGGAGGUCAGGUGUAUGGCAGUGAAGGAGUCAAGGUUUCAUAACUCAGUGGGCUGUGAGAGCCUUUAUGUAGGUAAAGGACACUAGGAGAAGGCUAGUUUGGAAGGAAGACCGUGAACUUUAUUGAGUCUUGGGUCAGCUUCUAGUCCCUCUGAGGCAAUCAAACAAGUCAAGAAGGUAGCAGAGUUAUUUGGCUUGGAGAUUUUAAGUUCAUGAGUCACUGAUCUAUAGACAAUAGUAAUUGAGAUGGAAGAGAUGGGUGAAACUGUUGAGGGAAUUGGAAAAGAAGACCAAGGGCAGGGAGGGCUGGGGAUUUAGCUCAGUGGUGCUGCUACAAGUGCAAGGUCCUGAGUUUGAUCCCUGGUACAAAAAAAAAAAAAAAAGACCAAGGGCAAGGAAUUGAAGAACUUGUAAAGCUGGAUUGUCAGAAUGAGUCGACGCAGGGCCUGGAGGGUGAGCAGCUGCAGAGGAAGGAGGAAAACCAGCAAAGUAUAUUGCCAUAAAAGCUAAAUAGAAGCGGGUCUUGAGGAAUCUCCCUGGAGAGAUGGGGCUCCUGCAGAGGUGCUCGUGGCUAUGUAGAGUACGUCUUUCCUGAGGUUCUUCUUUACCUGUGGAACAGCCUGGUGCGUGAGUAACUGAUGGAUCUACUCUGACCCGUGUUCAGUUUAUUCCUACGCAGAGGACCCCUUUCCAAGAGGGCACUGAGCAGGAGGGAAGUGAGCUUUGGGUGCGUCAGUCAGGUGAGACCUGGAAGAGGCUGCUCAGCAAACACACAGAAUAAUAAGCAUGUUAGUGCUUGUGGGUCCCCAUGAGAAGAGGGCCAUGUGUACAGGAGCAGUUGGAAAGGAAGGGAGAGCUGUAAGGACACACAUGGCCCACCAGCAGAUGAGGAACUAGAGAAACAGGAGAGACCCAUGGCCAGAGUCUUCCCUGGGACCUGGGGCAUUACCAGGCAGGUUCCUGACAUGGAGUUCACACUGGUGAGUCUGGAGCAGGUGGGCAUGAGCCCCAGGGAGGCCUGCAGAGCACCCCAUUCACGGUGUGGGGAUCUAUGGGCCACCAGCUGGGUUGUAACCAGCUGUCUGGAGAGAAGUUGAGGAUGCUUCAGGUGGAUCUCUUCUUCAACAACCACCUCAGGGAACCGAGAGGGUACAGAGCUAGCAACUGCAUCAAGGACUCCUGAACCCUGCUUCUGGUAUGAGAAAGUCUAACUUCUAGACAAAGUGGAUGUUGAAGCAACACGACACUAUGAAAUUCACCACUUGCUUCAUUCCUUUGGGCUCGCAGCAUUUUCAUCUGUAAAAGGCAGGUGUUGAAUUAAGUGAUCUUUCAGGACUUCCUCAGUUGCAAAGCUGAGUGAUUCUACUUUUUAAAAAAAUCAACAGGAGAGUGGGCUUGCCACCCUCCGCUAUAUCGUGGGAGGCCACGUGUGGGGCAUGCACCCACACAGCUGCUGUUUGGAAGCCUUUCAGCAUAUUUCCUUUCUGAAUAGUUUGUGCCCCUCACAUAGACCGCAACAUGCUGAAGCAAACGUGAAGGCCACAUCCCAAGUCUCUCUGCAUGCACUGUAGCUCUCGGGAAGAAAUAUGAGAAUAAAAUAAUGCACUAUGGGAGGAAUGGCAAGGGAUGGCCAACACCACAAAACAAAAGAAAACAAAGAAACCACAGGACACACACAGAGUCUCGCUGUCCAAAGUCUUCCCCUGGUUUCUCUCAAGUAUGAGGCAAGUGUGCAUUUCUAGUCAGUGGAGAGCAGGAGUGUGUGCUUCAAGAAGAAUCUCUGGGAAGAAACUAAAUUAAAAAUUCAAGGGAAUGAUUUAUUGAACAAAUGUGAGUCAAAGCAUGGUUGUUCCUCUUUAUUCAUCUUCCUGGGAAGAUCCUGCCUUUCUGGGUACCUUUGCUAGGGGAAACAGGAUGUGCUACAAUCUGAAUUUCUGCUCCUUGAUUCCUAGAUCUGGAAAAAGGAUCAAGAAUGGAGCGAGGAUGGCAGUAGGUCUGGCGGAAGACAAAUCAUGACACAUUUUGGCAGUGGACCUUCUUUAAUGUUAUCCCCAGCUUCAGUACCAGAGGUACUGAAGGUAUUUUUUCAGAGUAUUUCUCAGUCUUGAGCUUAAUUGCCAACAUUUUCAUGAGCUUGCAGGGUCCACACAGGGAGUACCAUGCUUUUGAUACAGAAGGCUUCUGGGCAAUUUCUGAUUCUUCAUAGAGAUAUUGGAUAGAAUCAUACUGAUUAAGCUGUGGCAACAGCAAACAGUCUCAAUAUUGUGAAGUCCAAGAGGUGGGUUUUGUUGCUAACAUAAAAAUAUACCUCAGCCACAUGCUGGUGCAAUGCACAAGUGGGGAUUGGGAGUGGAGUUUCUUCCUCUAUCCAACAAAAGAUAUAUUUGCUGUAAUUUUGACCACCACAACCUUUUGUGAAAGCUGCCCUUGGAAAACAGUACAAAUAAAAUAAAGUUUUAUAAAAGCUUUCAAA